AUGGCUCACCAUCUGCUGCAAUCCUCUGUUCCACCUCCCAAUCAAAUCGACCUGAAAACAUGGAACAAGAUCAUCAAAAGACAAGUAGUUCAAGGUAACACCAAAGGCGCUUUCCAUUCAUACCAACAAAUGCAACAAUCACACAUCCCUGAUAACUUCACAUAUCCCGUCUUACUCAAAGCAGUUUCUAAUCAUUCAUAUCGUCAUAUUGCAUUAACCCUUCAUGCCCAAAUAGCCAAAACCCCAUUCCACAACCACAUGCUGGUCCAAACCUCACUUCUCAACAUGUACUCCUCUCUUAAACAAAUCCAUGAAGCUCGUAAAGUGUUUGAUUGUAUGCAAGUUAAGGAUACAGUUGCAUGGAACUCAAUGUUGGAUGCAUAUGUUUCGUUUGGGAGUUUGGAUGUUGCAGUCCAAGUGUUUGAUGAAAUGCCUCAGAGGGAUCUUUAUUCGUUUAAUAUUAUCUUGUCUGGGUAUGCGGAAACAGGUGAUGUGGAGUUAGCACGUAAGGUGUUUGAUGAAAUGCCUGAAAGAAAUGUUGUGUCUUGGAACUCUAUGGUGAUGGCGUGUGGGAAGCGUGGGGAUGUGGGAGGAGCGCGUAAGGUGUUUGAUGAAAUGCCUGAACGGAAUGUUGUUUCGUGGAAUACGUUGCUUGGAGUGUAUUUGAAUAAUGGGUUGUUUGAUGAAGUUGUGGUGCUGUUUGAGAUGAUGAGAGUGGAGAAGAAUGUGCUUCCAGAUUAUCUUACGAUGACGACAGCGUUGUCUGCUUGUGCUGGAUUGGGGUUGCUAGAAAAAGGCCGUGAAAUUCAUGUGUACGCGCUAGAUUUAGGGCUUGCGUCGAGUACACAUGUAAUCACUUCGCUAAUAGACAUGUAUGCCAAAUGUGGAUGCGUAGACAGUUUCUUGAUCGUGUUUUAUAAGUCUAAAGUUCGAGAUGUUUUCUGUUGGAAUGCGCUGAUAUCUGGGCUUGCUCUUCAUGGAUAUGGCGUUGUUGCGCUCAAAGUGUUUGAUGAAAUGCUACUAAGAACAAAGCCUGAUGAUAUAACCUUCAUAGCUUUGCUUAGUGCAUGCAGCCAUUCAGGGCUGAUAAAAGAGGGUCAAGCCCUUUUCGAAUCCAUGGAGACCGACUUUGGUGUGACUCAUAGGAUGGAGCAUUACAGCUGCAUUGUAGAUCUUCUGGGCCGAGCCGGGUUUCUUGAAAGUGCGUAUACAGUCAUUGAUACGAUGCCAUUUAGGCCAGGAAGGUCUGUUUUGGGCGCAUUGCUUAGCGCGUGUGUGAAUUAUAGGGAUCUUGAGAUUGGAGAGAAAGUAGUGAAGAUACUAUUAACGUUUGAGGGUUUAAACGAUGGGGAUUACAUGAUGGUGUCGAAUUUGUAUGCUUCAUGCGACCAUUGGGACGAAGCGGAUCGUUGGAGAGCAAUGAUGAAUGAUUCAGGGAUAGUCAAGACUGCAGGGUUGAGUUCAAUAGAGAUUGGUAAUAGGGUACAUAAAUUUUUGGCUGGGAAUAUGCAUUGA